AUGUCGCCGGCGAAGGGAGCAGUGUGCGUGACUGGCGCCGGAGGUUUUUUGGGCUCCUGGGUUGCUCAUAUCCUCCUCUCCAGAAACUAUCUAGUCCGCGGCACCGUCAGAGACCCCAAAGCUGAGACCAAGGCAAUGGAGUAUGCGAAAGCCAACGGACUUGAUGUAGUAAGUGUCUGCCCAAAUCUCAUCAUCGGGCCACUUCUGAAGCCUACGGUGAACGCAAGCACCAUGGUUCUCGCCAAGCUUUUGAAAGAAGGGAAGGACUUGGAGGAGAAUAAGCAUCAUCGAGUGGUGGAUGUGCGGGAUGUAGCAGAAGCGUUGGUUUUGGUGUAUGAGAAGCUUGAGGCGCAAGGGAGAUACAUAUGUACAGCACAUUCUAUCCAUGUUAAGGAGGUGGUUCACAUCUUGAAAGAGAGGUAUCCCAACUACAAUUAUCCUAAGAACUUCACAGAGGAAGAGGAGAAGAAAGAAAUGAGCUCAGAAAGGUUACAGAGGCUAGGUUGGAGCUACCGUUCACUAGAGGAAACUCUGGUGGAUUUUGUAGAGAGCUAUAAGAAGGCUAGCUUAUUGGAGUAG